CACUUCAGAUAUUUCCGAAUGUCGGCCGGUAGAUUCGACGAUUUAGUUCGCCGUGUGCAGCCAUUUAUCAUACAUCAGUCUACGCACAGUAUGCCUGUAGACAUUAGGCAGAGACUGGCAAUCACGCUUCGAAUUUUAGCUUCAGGUGGAAGCCAACAGGCUGUAGCAGCUAGCUACAAACUGUCUUCAAGCACUGUGUCUUCCAUAGUCGCUGAGGUAUGUAAAGCUUUGUGGAAGGCGCUGCAGCCAGAGUUUCUUCCCUGCCCAUCAGUCGCCCAAUGGGAAAAUAUUGCUGUUGAUUUUUGGCGACUGUGGAACUUUCCGAACUGUGUUGGCAGCGUAGACGGAAAGCAUGUGAACAUAAAAGCACCACCGCACGCAGGGAGCGACUACUACAAUUACAAGGGCGCACACUCCAUAGUUCUGAUGGCUACCUGCGACGCCAGAUAUCGCUUCCCCAUGCUGGAUGUGGGGGGAUACGGAAGGGAAAGUGACAGUGGUGUAUUCAAGGAGAGCCGAUUUGGUUCUAGGCUUCUUGAACACAACCUGAACCUGCCCCCACCAGCCAAUCUUCCUGGAACAGGAGUCAAAAUCCCACAUGUUAUCAUUGGUGAUGCUGCAUUCCCUCUACACAACAACCUCAUGCGCCCCUUUCCAGGGACGAACCUGCCCAUGGAUAAGCAGACCUACAACUACCGUCACUCCAGAGCCAGACGGGUGAUUGAGAAUGCAUUUGGCAUUUUGGUUGCAAGGUGGCGAAUCCUUGGACGACCUCUAGAAUGUCUGCCAGACAAAGCAGUAGACAUUGUGAAAGCAUGUUCGGCUUUACACAACUUCCUGGCCUACACAGAUGAGGUCAGCACACCUGUUAGCAGAUACAUCCCUGCUAAUUUCACAGACACUGACACUACAGGGUCACCUCAGCUGGGGGAGUGGCGCAGAGUGGUGUCAGGGGACACAAAUCUUUUAGAACCACUCGAUCCACGUCACUUUUCAAGAGCUGCAGUUGGUGUCCGGAAUGACCUGACUGCCUUCUUUCAGUCACCCGUAAUAUUUUAUUUUUAA